AUGGUAGACUUUCUCAUGUCAGAGGUGAAUGAAGAAAAAACAUCUGGAGACUUUAGAGAAAUGGGAAUGAGGCUGGCUCAAGAAGUGACUUCUUUCGUAAAAAAGAAAAUGGAUAAAAUUUCAAGAUCUGGAGGGUUAAGAACUCUUAAGCUCAGCUUUGUUGGUCAUUCCAUUGGAAAUGUCAUCAUAAGAACUGCAUUGACAGAGAGCAUCAUGGAACCGUUCCUUAGGUACCUGUAUACCUAUGUUUCUGUUUCUGGUCCACAUUUAGGUUAUCUGUACAGUUCAAACUCUUUGUUCAACUCUGGGCUGUGGCUCUUGAAAAAACUCAAGGGCACUCAGUGCAUUCAUCAGCUUACUUUGACUGAUGCUCCAAAUUUGGAAAACACUUUCUUCUACAAACUAUGCAAGCAAAAGACAUUGGAGAAUUUCAAGAAUAUAAUUCUGUUGGCUUCACCCCAGGUAUCUCCUAUGCAGGCUUCUCUUCAAACUACACCUCUGUGGUUCUUGCAACUUUUCUGACAUAUCACAUAUGAUUGCAUUCUCUAAUGUCAAAAAUUUUCUUCUAUAACAAUGAUGGAGUUGUUACGAGACGAAAAUGAGACAAUUUGGAAUUCUGAUUUUAGCAUUUUUUAUUGAUUUUAUAUGUUCUUGAAGAUACAUGAAAGUU